UCUUUCUCCUCACGUUCACGUUUCCGGCGCGCUGUGAUGACGUCGGCUUCGAGUUACAGCGUGGGACAAACAUGGCAGCUUCUAUAUCGCAGCAACUCGAGGAUUUGUUAAAUCCUUUACCACACUUCUUGGAUCCAGAGGACGACCAAGAUGAAGAGACGAAAGCCAAAGUCAUAGAGAAGUUUGAUGAAGGUGAUGACGACGACGAAGAAGUUUUAUCUGGCCAUCUGCGGAAGCGUUCUGCUGUAAUUCUCACUGAUGGUGACCGUCGAUAUCGUGGCAAGGCUACAUCCAGAAAAGAUCUACUGAAAGAGUUGGAUGGAUCAGCAGAUGAAGAUGAUGAUGAUGAUGAUGAAGAAAAUGAAAUGCUGGACAAGUACAUGGAGUGUAUCAAAGAUGAUGAUGAGGAAGAGGAUGAAGAUGACACUGAGAACGAUGAAAAAGAGCAAUUCGAUGAUGAUAAGGAUCUUAAUGGAGAUGAUAGCUCACAAAUGUCCAGUCUAGUGUCUAAAAUGAAGGGCACAGACUUUAUGAAACUCACAGAGGGAAUGGAUGAUUUGGGAGAAAGUGAGGAUGAAGAGGAAUCAGCUGACAGUGAAGGAGCGAGUAAGGAAGGCUCUGAGGAUGAGGAUGAGGAAGAAGAGGAGGAAACGGCCCUGAGAACAUUCUCUAAAGAGAAAGUUGAUGAAGAGGUGGAAAAAGGGAAAGCCGUGAAAAAUCAGCUUGCUCUUUGGGACCAAAUGCUUGAAAGGCGAAUUAAAAUGCAGAAAGCUCUGGUGACAGCCAAUCAGCUUCCACAGCCGCAGACGUUCCCAGAGUUCAAGAGCAGGGGAGGGGCCGAGUACGCCGAAGCUUUGAAAACCAGUCAUAAAGCCCUAAAGGCUCUACAGAGGUCUCUGCUGGAACUCCAAGAUCUGCUGCUCUUCCAAAACCCUGAAACAAGAGCCAUCUCCGAGGGAAAGACAUGGGGAGCAAGCGGUAGUGCCAAAGAUGAUGAAGAGAUUAACAGUGAGGAUGAUAUGGAGACUGGAGAUGAUGGCCAAGAGGAAGAACAGGAAGCGGUGCGAAAUGGACCCCCCAAACGAAAACUGGAAAUGGCAGAGUAUCCCGACUUCAUGGCCAAACGGUCUGCUGCUUUUCUGCCUUACCGGGAUGCCACCCUGCAGAAAUGGUACGACAAGACUCGACUCGCAACGGGCAAGAGCAAAAAGGGUUUCGGCGCAUUCGACAGGAACAUCCUCACGCAAGUGGAGCAGGUUUUAACGGACAAAGAGAGGCUGGUGAGACGGACACAGACACGCAGGUCUGAAUACAGAGUCCUGGGGAAGCCGGAGCCCAUCACGCCUGAAAUAGACAGCAGCAUCACAGAGGGAGAGGCAGCUGAACUGGCGCUGAAAGCUAACAUGCACCUUAAAGAUGUGGACGAGGAGAUUUUCGAUGAUGAUGACUUUUACCACCAGCUACUUCGAGAACUCAUCGAGCGCAAAACAAGUGCGACGGACCCCAAUGAUCAAGUGGCCAUGGGAAAGCAGUGGCUUGCCAUUCAGAAACUACGUAGUAAAAUUAAGAAGAAGGUGGACACCAAAGCCAGCAAGGGCAGGAAGAUCAGGUUUCACAUUCACAGUAAGCUGAUGAACUUCAUGGCUCCAAUAGACCACAGCCGCAUGAGUGAUGAUGCCCGGUCUGAACUGUAUCGUUCCCUGUUUGCAAAUGGUCCAGUAAUGGCACAAUGACCAAAACAUUGUGUUUUAAACUCCUGUGUGUGUGUGUGUGUGUGCUGCAUUGUUCUCACACACUCCUGCAGUUGAAAUCCUUCAGGGAUCCCAGACUCAAACCUAGGUUUUUGUGAUUAGCUGAAAAUGAAACAUUUGAUUUGUAAAAACUUUUUUUUGUGCCUGUUUGUAUUAAAAUCCCACUUUGUAAACCAACUCAUUGUUUUCACUGGUGCUUUAUUUUACACUUAGAACAUGGUCACAUGUAAUGAAACUAAUAUGCAUCUUUAUUUUUUUACAGUACCCUUAGUACCAUUCAUAACUGCACCCCUUGUUUUCUGGUUAAUCCCCUCUAAACUAAGUUGUUCUGAGUUUCACACGCUUGCAGAUCUACCUAAUAUAAUCAGAGAGAGAAAAAUACAUGCAGACGGUAUAAAUAAGAGAUGGAUUUAUCAGGACAGUGAUAACUGCUCUGGUUGGAAUCUGUCUGCAUUAAGUGAUGCAGAGUAAAUGAAGAGUAACAAAACUAAAAUAGCAACAAGUCUAUGUUGGCUUAAUAUAUUUAGCUGCUUUUGCAGUUAAAACCCUUUUCAAUGUUUUCUUUUUAAGGCAAAAAAUGUAGUUUCUAUAUUAAAUCUGCUUAAUGCAUUAUUAUUUAAUUGUACCUGCUGUAUUAUAUUACUCCACAUUUUCGUCAUCUGCAUAAACCAUCCUCAGUUAUCCACUUCAAGCCUUGGUUAUUGUGGCUUCCAUAAUUUUAAUGGUGUAUUGAAUUGGCGUGAUUCAGUUCGGUCUAGUUGGUAGGGUAGUGUGAGAACAGACUGAAACACACACCAAGGAGACUGAUUACUGAACUGAUAAAUCAAUGAAAAGGUGUUAUUUUUGAUACAGAUUUUGUUCUCCGUUUUUUUUUUUUUAGUUUGAGAUCUUGGGCCUUUUUUUUGUUACAGUAUACUGUAUUUACGCCAUCUAUACGUGUGUAUUUCAGAGAGGAGGGGAGUCUCACAUAAAAUAACCUCUGGGGUACCUCAGGGGUCUGUGCUCGACCCUUUUGUAUUCAAGAAAGAGCUACAA